AUGAUGCACCUCUCGCCCGAGCAUCAGCACCCCACCAAACUCGUGCUGACACUUCUCAGUGCGGCGCUCCUUCCUGGUCCGGCCAUGCGCAACGUCCACGCGGUGGUCACUGGCAGCGACAAGACCUUCAAAUGCGAUCCAUGCCAUCGUAAAACCACGAAACCAACGUGGGAGGAUGCCACGUUUGCGUUCGACGUCAGGGAUAAAACCCACUUGCAUGUUCGCGUCCAGCUUGUGGGGGUGAAGAACCUGUUGAAGCACAAGAUUGGUCAUUUUGAUCUCUACUUGACCGAGCACCGCCUUGCGACAGAAGGCGAGCACUCGCUCGCGUGUCCAUUGGUCGGUGGUGCCGGUGGUAUCGUCAAUGUAACCAUGAGCUUGUUCCGCGAACCACAACAUACCCGCGACUGGGCGCGGCGCCAAGUAGCUGUCAGUUCCCGUCGUCGGCGAUGCCAUUCGUUGCUGCAGUGUGUGCCGACAUGGUCCACUCGCGAAGAGUUGUUCAAGAACGCCUGUGGCCGUUGCUUCUUAGCUCUGGUCGAGACCCACAGCAUGUGCGAUGACACAUUCACUGCCAAGGAGCUGUUAAGUCACGACGCAUCGUCGUCGUCCACCACGGCUAGCCAUGAUAGCAGCCACGAAGAUCAUCAUAAUCACCAUGAUUCGAUCCAAGAAAGGACUCUAAUGAACAUGCUGCCACCAAGGGCCAGCCCCAACAACACAGACGACACGACUGCUCCGACGAUUCAAGAGUGGAUGCAAGCCAGACAUCCCAACGGCGUGUUUCCAUGUCAUCCAAACGAUCACCACCUCGACCAAGUCAAGUUGUUUCCUCUGCUGCUUCAACUCAUGUGGCUAUUACCGCUUAGUGCCAUCGUCUUGCAACUGUGCAUUGCCCACAUAAGUCGUUAAGUGUUAGCACAACAUGUAUAUUCAUAUAUAACUACCAAGGGUACUUAAUUAACGUAGAUGGCCAGUUUAUGGUG